AUGUCGCGCCCCGCAGCGUCUGCCCUCGCCCGCGCCAUUCCUGGCCAAACCCAAACUGCCUCCAAGGUUUCCGCCCGACGCCUUAGCUCGGGCACCCACACUCCAGACGACAGCCUCUCCCGCCGUGGAUCGCAGAGCCUCCACUUCGCGUCCAGGCGCUCGUCCUCGAACUCGUCCCCCGCGGUCCCGCUCGCGCUCGCGUCGCUCCGACAGGAGUUCAAGACCGUGCGCAGCCUGCACACGUCCCCGGUGUUCCAGAACGAGGCCGAGGAGCGCAGCGCGUCGCAGCGGCGCCGGGAGGACAUCCCCGCGUCGUCGUGGAGCCGGCCGCCGCGGCCGUCGCAGGACGCGGAGGAGGACGUGGUGCCGACGUACUACCUCGAGCGCAAGAAGCAGCGGGCGUCGAUCUCGGAGCGCAAGGAGCAGGAGGGCGGGCUGAUGGCGGAGCUCAACGCGGGGAUCCUCGCCGACGGGCUCGCCGCGGGCACGCGCGCGCGCGAGGAGAAGAUGCCGGUCGAGGUCCGCCUGCCCGACGGCUCGGUCGAGCACCCGAGCGGGUUCGCGCCGCCGACGGCGGAGACGGACUUCCACCCGGUCGCGGCCAAGGUCGCCUCGGAGGAGGGGGUGAGGCAGGCGUGGGACGAGCGGGAGUUCGUCGGGCAGCUGGGCGCGGAGCCGAUCGAGGCGUGCGCGGAGACGGAGCAGGUGUGGAUCGAGCGUAAGCUGAAGGAGGACCUCGCGCUGGGGGAGAACGCCGGGCUCACCGCGGUCGACGCCCUUUCCGCAGCCGGGACGGACCCCUCGACGCUGUGGGUGCCCCCGGCGUCGCUCAAGGCGGACGACCCGGAUGGGGUCGUGCCCGAGUUCUACGUCGGGCGCAAGGCGGCCGAGGGCGAGCUCGGGAUGAUGCACGACCUCCACGAGGGCCUCAUCACCGCGGAUAUGCGGCACCGGGAGGAGAAGAUUCCGGUCGAGGUCGUGCUCGAGGACGGGACGGUCGCGCACCCGAGCGGGUUUGAGCCGCCGACUGCGGAGACGGAGUUCCACCCCAUGGCGGCGAAGUCGGGCGAGGGGUCCAAGAUGGUGUGGACGGACGUGCUGGAGGCGAAGAGGGAAGAGGCGUGA